AUACAUAAAAGUAAUCGCCAACGCCCAGCACUUUCUGUUCAAGUGAGAGUUUAUAUGGGUCAUGCAUACAGAGUCGCUGUUCAUAUCACUUGUGGCUACUACAACAGGCGUGCGGCAGCGCGUGUAAGUCUUAGUGUAUAGGCCAUACAGUGAGUGUCUGACCCUCAAUCGUCUGUUCUAACGGACACAGGUACAUAACUAGCUGACCAUGGCCGGCUUUGUAGCACACCUCGUCCGACGCGUCAUCACUCUUAGCAUUGGGCUCUACUACGGAUCUGUGGUCAGCGGUGGGUUGUUGAUAGAUUUUGUCAGGAAUGGCCGGGGAUUGUUUUACAUCAAGAAGAGAGACAAAAGACCCGAGUGCCUGGAUGACCCCGCCUUGGGGAAGCAUAAGUUCAUUCAGCUAGAGAAUAUUAAGCUACACUAUGUGGAAGCUGGGCAACCAGGGAAACCACUAAUGUUGUUCGUCCAUGGUUUCCCAGAGUUUUGGUUCUCAUGGAGGUAUCAGCUGAGAGAGUUUCAGAAGGAUUACAGAGUGGUGGCUAUUGACCAGAGAGGUUACAACGAGUCGGACGCUCCCAGCGGGAUCGAAAACUACACCAUCGAUAAGAUGGUUGGCGACUUGAAACAAAUCAUUCCAGCAUUGGGCUAUGACAAGUGUGUCUUGGUCGGGCAUGACUGGGGUGGCAUCAUCUGUUGGGCAUUUGCUCUACAGUUUCCCCAGUACAUCGAACGUCUGAUCACCCUCAAUGCUCCACACCCUAAGGUCUUCCUGGAGCACAUGAACACUCAUUGGAGCCAGUUUCGGAAAUCUUGGUAUAUGUUUCUAUUUCAGCUGCCUUACCUGCCAGAGUUCUGGAUGAGAAAUAUGGAUAUGAAGCAGUUGGACGAGUUUUUCCUGAGCGAACAGUACGGAGUCCGCUCUGGAAUAAUGACUAAGGAAGAUCUGGAGGCCUACAAAUACGCAUUUUCUCUCCACGGGUUCACUUGUCCUAUUAACUACUACCGUGCGUCUUUCGCUAUACCUCGGGCUCGAGCGGAUUUUAAGCCUGUCCAGGUACCCACGCUGACUGUAUGGGGGAACAAGGAUGCUGCUAUAGACACAGAAGUUGCCUACAGUGCCGCCAAGCAUGUCCCCGACUACACUCUGAAGAUCGUGGAUGACGCCAGUCAUUGGGUGCAGAUGGACCAGCCAGCUAUUGUUAAUGACCACAUUCGAACCUUCUUGAAAUCCAAACUUUGAUAACAUCAACUAUCUUAAAAAUACCACGAGGAUAUCUUUGGAAGUUUCGCACGAAUAUGUGCAAUGGGAGAAUUCAUUACUUGUCUAUUUCAUGUGAUACAGUCUCGCAAAGCGGACCUCAUUUGAUAUAUGGCCACUGGUCAGGAAUAUAACGUAGACUAUAUGUUUUCCUUAUAAACCCAAGAUAUAUAUUUAUGUAUAC